CCUCUCGCACACACGUCGCGUCACGGUAUGGGAUAAUCAUCUCCCUUUUGGCAACGAGGGAGUCCGACGGAGCAGACAGUACGCUCGAUUCAGUCCCGGAAAUGCUUCCAAGACCCGAAUUGAUUCAGGUGCUUCCUGAUGCAGCUGUGCAAACGUAAAAAGAACCAUCUGUGCCAAGAGGUGGAAGAGAACGAAAAACUACAUGAAACUCCCAACUCAAGACUGACUCGGCCACGACACACGGGCUUCGUCCGAGUCACGUGGCGUCGAAUAUCUUGUCAUCCCGUCGCGGCACCGGACGAAGGAUUCGAGUCGGAUGCCGACUCAAAAGUCGGACAGCCACCCGGCUUCUGCUUUGGGCGGCUUACAUCACCUCUCGUCCUUGUCGCAUUUCCGGGAGGGAGGGGGGAAAGGACAGAAGUCCGUCGGAACAGGCGGUAAUGCACAGAGUACAGGUACGCGGUGCACAUCAGCAAACUCUGGCCUCGCAUCUCGCGCCAGAUGAGGGCUUGCCAAAAUAGAAUCAUCCAUCAUCCCUUCAGCCCAAACGCCUCAAGUCCAAACACACUACGGAUAGUGUUUUUUCACUUCCUCCUGUUCCCUCGGAUCCGGACAAAUGAGGGCCUGCAUCGGGCCGACAUCGAACUAACGGUGCCCAGAGAACCCCGGGUCCCCGACUUGCUUCUAGCCGCCCCGUCAUGUCCGCGUAUCAGUCGCAGCACGGAUACGAGCCGCUGUCGUCCCCGGACGCCUUCAGGCUGCUCCUCCUUGAGCCCUCGGUUUCCCGCACCGCCCAACUCAAGGGAUCCCUACUCAACACUACCCUCGCCGCCUGCGAUUACGACCUGAUCGAUCCCUACACAGCCCUGUCUUACGUAUGGGGGCCGCCAGAAAAGCCGUGUCGCAUCUGCCUUGAAGGCCAUGAUGGCAAUCUUUUUGCCAUCACACAGUCUUUGGAUGACGGCCUACGGGACCUGCGCGACGUCACGCGCGUUCGGAGGCUCUGGGCCGACGCCCUCUGCAUUGACCAGUUGAACAUGCCGGAGCGCAACGCCCAGGUCUCCUUGAUGGGACGCAUUUACUCGACCGCCCACAGCACCGUCAUCCACCUUGGAAAUCUCCACCCCGGCCUGUCUGGUGUCCUGACUCUCCCCCGUGAAUCGACAUCCGACUCCUCCGAGGGCGGCGGCGGUGGCUUGGUCGCCCAAACCAGGAGGGGCCUCCUUGCCAAGCCGUGGUUCAAGCGCGUGUGGGUGCUCCAGGAACUCGUGCUUUCCAAAGACCCUUGGGUGCAAUGUGGCAAUGAGCGAAUACGCUGGAACGUAUUUUGUCGUCACUUUCUCGGCAACUCAGCGAGUGCCUCGCAGGGACUUGACGACGAUGCCGCCGGCGAGGAGAUGCGUGUUUUAUCGCAGAUGAACUCCAGCUGGGUCAGUCACGCCCGCCUCCCUCUCCAUCGCGCUGCCCAAGCCCGUCGGGGUCUCGGGGCCACGGAUCCGCGGGAUUUUAUCUACGCCAACUUCGGCAUCAUCAGUGACCUUGCCGUCGUCAAGCAAUAUAUUUGCGUCGACUAUUCCAUGUCAGUGGCCGAAACGUUUGGCAGAGUCGCCCGCUACAUGUUUGAUCAACUAGGCGUCGAGGUGAUGAUGUCGCACGUUGACGAUGGGCGGUCGGAGGACUCUGGACGGGUUCAAAUGGACAAACUUCCAUCAUGGGCACCUGACUGGACUCGCGCUGCUUCUGACACAGCUCCCAUGUACAAGGACAACCACUUGAAUCACAUGAGGCUGAGGGGUACACAUCAUGCCUUCUCUGACGGCAACAGUCCCUUCGUGCUGGGUCACAUCGGCUACGAAGUUGACGUGAUAGAGAGCCUACACCGCAUGCGUGCCAGAGACGAGUCUUUGACUCUACCGAUGAAAUACAGAGAGGCCAGGGCAGAUCUCCUUGCCUUGUACAAAAAUGCCUACGCGUCCGGGGACAAACUUGGUUCUUACCGGCACGUCCCGCUCAAGGGAAAAGAAGCGGAACACGAAGCGCUCUGUAACGUGAUCGGCUGCAUCUGGACUCGGCUGCUUGGAUACGAGGGAGAUGAGCCCUCACCAACGACCUCCGGACGUGAUGGUUUUGCUGGGUCUCUUGUCCACUGGAUAUCGGCCCGGGCGAAGGAGAGACGCGAGUUCGUCGGUUCGGGCGCUCGAGGGCUCAUCAAACUCCUGUACUCGCACUUUGAGAGGACAAGGGGCCGGUCCGAGCUCGACGGCCGGUGCCUCGCCUCGACGCGAAGCGGGAGACUCGGCAUCGUGCCUCAAGCAGCCGGGGCAGGCGACCGCAUCGCGUAUCUGGCCGGCAGCGAGACAGCCGUCGUCCUCCGCCAGGCAAGCAGGCUGGGGCAGGGGGAAGUCGAGCGCGGCUUGUUACGAUCACUUCGGCAUGCCGGAUGCGGUAUAGUCACCGUGGUGAAGCCGGGUGGCGAAGAGGAGUUCUGGAGGGUGCCUGAGAAGGUAGACCUACCUGUUUCGCACUUUGAGGUCGUUGGUGAGGGUUAUCUCGACGACUGCGCGGGUUGGACACUGAAGCAUCCCCCCAUGGCCUCGGACAUGCGUGUCUUUGCCUUACACUGAGUGUGAGGAGUGCAAAGGCCGGCCUGGUUGUUAACGGGCAUGACGGCGAUAAUGGUUUAUCGGUGAAUGUUGAUUUUUCUCAUGAAUCCCAUGAGAUGAAACGCUGUCUGCCCCAACGCCCGCUCCCAAAUCCUAACGCAUAACGAAACAAAGGGUAUCUAUCUAUACGUAUCCAAACACUUUCACAUCCGUCCUGACUCAC